UGUUUUUUGGUGAUUUCUAACAUAUUUUAAUCACAUUGAAUCAGUUUUUGAUACUCUGAAUUGGAUCGUAUAUGUGAGACAGUGUUAUUACUAAUAAAAAUAUAGCUGAAACUUUCGCACUUGAAGCAAACAAACGAAACAAAAAGAAUUGAGAAGAAUUUAUCAAUCAACGAUUUCAGUGUUGAAUACCAAUUCGUUUUUAUUUGGUGACUGUGUGAUAAUUGUUAAAAUAUAUGUAUCUAUCCGGAAACGGUGUAUUGCGAUAGCAAAAAUACCUUCUUUUUUUGUUGAAUGUGAAUUAAUUGUGGACUGUAGCGAAAAAUAAGAGAAUUGCCUAAUUUACGGCUGAGCUCAUUGUCAGAGGAGAAACUUGUACAAAAACCUCGACCAGUGUGUUGGUUCUUUGCAACAUUGAGUUUUCAGCACCAAAAAUUCAUUAAGACAACAUAGAUCAAGAUCUGAAAACAUCCAAAAUCAAUAUCAAUUUGUAUCGCUGGAUGUUAAGCAUCAAAACCUCGUAAAAUUAAACAAAAUAUUUAAAACAAAACUAAGUAUCUAUUUUAAUGAUUUUAACGCCAUUUUUUACAUUUUGAAUGUGUUUUUUAAGCACAAAACUCUCCAAAUUGUGAAAAAGUUCCUGACAGAGUGCGUCUACGCUUCUAUCAAAUUGGUCAUUAAAAAUACAUUGUGUCAGUUUUAACACAUUUGCUUCACAAACAAAUCAUUUGGACACCUACACAUACAUGCUCAGGUAUACGGUUAACACACAAAUACAUGAGCCACCUAAUUAGAGCGUACAGCGUCCCGGUUAUAAAUAGAAGUAUUUUGCCGUUUAUUAUCAUUCAGUUUUAAAUUUUUGACAAAACAAGAACAUUUUAAGCGCAGAGUAAAUUAAAGACUAGAAAGUGAAAAAAAAAUCCAUAAAGUACAUUUGAAAGUUAGUGAAACGCGCAGAAAAAAGAAAAAUUUACUUAAAAUGUCGAAGAAUAAAUUUAAUUUGACUAUACCAACAUCGGUUUCAACGAUGUCGAUGGAAACACCUUUGACCAUUCCAUCGCGGCCACAAGUACCGAUCAAUAAAUACAGCUCUAAUGAAUAUCCAUCCAUUGUUGGUGAUUUGGAAUCGUUCGAACCAGCGCCGAAUGUGAUGAAUGCAAAACACCAGUUUAAUUCAAGCAUGCCAACGCCGGCAAGUGCCUAUUCGCCCGAGCCCAUGGAAAUUCAAUCGCGAUCAUUCCAAACACCGCCCGGCAUAAUGUCGAAGAAUAACUUUGGUCUUUCGGUUCCGAAGCCGAUGAAUAUUCCGCCGAAGCCAUUGGAAAGAUCAACGAGAGAAAAUCAAACUUUAAUGUACGAGAAGCCAUCAAUGGACAUGUAUGGGCGAUCAAAUGCGUUGAAAAACCAGUUCAAUUCACCUGGUUCAUCAACUUCGAUUAAUUCACCAGUUAUUCCACCCCGAUCAUUUAAAAGGCUACCCAUCAGGAAUCAAUUUAAUACGGUUCCAGUGAUUGCUCCAAAACCUAUGAACGUGACGCCGAAACCAUUAGACAGAGCAACCAUUGAAAUGUUCGAGAGACCAUCAAUGCAAACAUAUGGAAGAGAUUAUGGAAGAGCGUCAAAUUUAACACUACCAUCAUUAUCGUCAACUUCGAUUAAUGCACCAAAUCCGUUGGAUAUUCCGCCGAGAACAUUCCCAAUGCGACCAAACACAAUGCCCAAAAAUAAACCGAAUUUAACAUUGCCAUCGGCUCCAAUAAUUUCACCGAAUGCACAGUAUGCUCCUCCAAUGUACGAGUCGACCCCAAAGAUUGUGCCAAAGAAUAAAUUUAACUUAUCGUUGCCAUCGGCUUCGAUAAACAUAUCAAAACCGAUGGACACUUCACCACCACCAUUUGAAACAUCAUCGGACGCAGAUUCGAGUUUGCUAAACCAGUCGAAGAACAGUGUUGAUUCGAUGACGCAAUUAUUCGAAGAGCUCGAUGUGGACGAGUACGCUCAAAAUCGUUUGAAAUUAUUCUUGAAGCAACGCGAAGAAAUCGGCGAAAUUCGUGCAGAUGAUUUGGAAAAAAUUGGCGAACUUGGUGCGGGAAAUGGGGGUUCGGUGAUGAAAGUGCGUCACAUCCCAACGCAGUUGAUAAUGGCACAAAAAAACAUUCAUUUGGAAAUUAAGCCAACGAUUAGAAAACAAAUUCUUCGCGAAUUGCAAGUGUUAAAUCACUGCAAUUAUCCGCAUAUUGUUGGAUUUCACAAUGCAUUUCAAGUUGAUGGUGAAAUCAGUAUUUGCAUGGAAUACAUGGACGGUGGUUCAUUGGAUUUUAUUUUAAAACGAGUUGUACGCAUUCCCGAACCAAUUUUGGGAAAAAUUACACUUGCUGUGCUCAAAGGAUUGAGCUAUUUACGCGAUAAACAUGCAAUCAUGCACAGAGAUGUAAAACCCAGCAACAUUCUGGUUAAUAGCUGCGGUGAAAUUAAACUUUGUGACUUUGGCGUAUCUGGACAAUUGAUCGACUCGAUGGCAAAUACUUUUGUCGGCACACGGAGUUACAUGGCGCCUGAGCGAUUGUUGGGUGAUCAUUAUUCGGUGCAGUCCGAUAUUUGGUCAUUGGGUGUGUCACUCAUUGAAAUGGCGAUUGGUGUUUAUCCGAUACCACCACCAACUCGACAAUUUAUCGAUGAAAUUCUGAAGGACGAUAAACCACCACCGCAACCGAAGAUGGCCAUUUUUGAUCUUCUUGAAUACGUUAGCAAUCAACCGCCACCAAGAUUACAGCACGAAUAUUUUAGCAACGAAUUCAGUCAUUUCACCGAAAGUUGCUUGCAAAAGGAUCCAAAUGAACGUGCUAAUCUUGCAACGCUUUUGAAACAUCCCUGGAUCAAGAAAUAUGAGAACCAACCGAUAGACGUUGCUGGAUGGGUUUGUACCGUAAUGAACCUACCACCACCAACACCAAAUUAAAUGAGAGUCUUGACUGCAAAAACAUAAUCAUGCAAAAAUAUGUUUUUUAAAACUUUAUUGGAGAUAAGUCAAAUGAUCACAUAUUUCAAAAAACCAUAGCCAUAUCUAUAGAGUUUGACUAUGAUAGUAAGACACAGUCAUGAGUAGCUUGAAUUCACAUAUACUUUUUGAUCAGAGUAACCGAUAUAUUUUGUAUUACAUUUGCAAAACACACAAGUCAGUGGAGCUUGUCAUUACAUGACAAUCAAACUCUCUUAUUUACUUUAAAUCACAUGUUGUUACUUUCUACCUUUCUAUCACAUAAAACAUACAUUUAUACAUAAAAAAUACAAAAUUGAAAAUGAAUAAAACUGUCAAGGGUAUGGCAUGCUAUGUAAAAUGUUGGCGAACAAAAACCUUACAAAUUUAUCGGAAUAAACCUUAUAAUUCUAUGAACAAAAUUACACAAAUAUGAGAUAGUCAAUACGAAAUUUGUAAUUCAGAUUCUAUCCGAUAGAUGGCGUUACGGUUUGGCACGUCGCCAUGUCUCUCAUAUACGUGCCAUUCCCUUGAAAACUGUUUUCAGCCAAAAAUGCAGAUAUUUUUAUUUUGAAAAAAUCAAUACAAUUUUCAAAGAUUUAAGAUGU